AUGAUCCGCAUUUUCUUCACGGGCACCGUAGCCUUUUCGAUUCCUUUGCAGCAGCUCUUGUCCCUUGAUGCUUUCUGGAAAGGCAGCAUCAUGGGCAUUGUUGCUUGCAUCGGAACCAAGGUCAUUUGCGCACCCUUCAUGGGCAAAGCCAGAUGGGUCAUUGGAUGGGCUAUGGUUGGCAGAGCUGAGUUUGCGUAUUUGAUUGCGCAGAUGGCUCUCUCCAGUGGAAUGAUGGACCCAGGGACCUUCUCCGUUGUGAUCUGGGCUUUGCUGUAUGCCACCAUUUUCGCCCCAUUUGUCUUCCGCUUCCUGCUGAACCGCUAUGUGGCAUCUGAGGGUCUGGGAGAGGCUGUUGAUGCAAAGACCGUGAGAAACCUGGAUGACAAAGGAAUCAGCCUGGUGCUGGCUGUGCUCUUGGCCUUGGUUGGUUGCAUCCUAGGCUGCUGCUGUGGUGCUACCUUCAUCAUCCUCGUUGUGCGCAGGUGCCAGGGUGGCCUCAGCUUUAGUUCAAGCUGCCGUGGCGGCUCAGACCCUGAGGUUGAGGAAUUGGCCAUCUCGGUCGGCGACCUUCAGGGGCCAGCCCUGGAAUGCCCUGGGUGUGACCGAGGGCCGCUGGAUCUCCGGACAAGGUGCGGGCGGCCGAUCUAUGACUCACUUGUGCUCUCGCAUCCGCUCCUUCGGCCAUUUGGAGACCCUGUGUGUCAAACGGAACUCGCUGAGGAGAAGGCCGACCAGCCAGCCUCCGAGCUUGACCCUGAGAAGGCGCCGCGGCCUGUAGCUUUUCCUUUCGCCUUUGUGGAGAUGUUUUUGGCUAAGCGGCUAGAGCGCAAUUCAUGUCGCAGCUUGGACUUCACGCUUUGCCAGCUAGUCGACAUGGACUUGACUGCCUAUACUUUCAGCUUGGAUCGAAGCAGCCGUUUGGUUUCGACGUGA